AUGACAAUCGAAACAGAAUAUACGAAACAACGUCGACCUUUUACUAUAUAUUGGGAAAACACUUAUUCGGCAUUUAUUCCUCAUAUUUAUCGUGUCGUGAAUGAAAUAGAAACCGAAAUAACAUCAGAGGACGACAAAAUUGUACAACAUUCGGAUUCGAAAUAUCAAGUUAUUUUGAAAUUACAAGGCCCAGAAAAGCUAACAUUUUAUGGAGCAUUUUUAAAUUAUGAAGUAGCUCCGUCAAAAUAA